AUGGCUCAGAUCGCGAUACUCACGGGUGGCUCAAGCGGCAUAGGCCUCGACGUCGCCCAAAGACUCAACAGCACCGCAAACUGGAAAGUCCACAUAAUCGGCAGCAACAAACAACGCGGUGAAACCGCAGCAUCCAGACUCAACAAUGCGACCUUCCACCAAGCAGACAUAACCAACUACCAACAACAAGCAGCCGUCUUCGACAAAAUUUUCGCCGAACACGGUCGUGUGGACUUUGUGUUUGCAAAUGCCGGCAUCGGACAGGACCCCGGGGCUUUCUUUUCGACACAUGAGACUGGGAUCCCGCCGGAGCCUAAUAUCGAGGCACUUGUGGAUACUAAUUUCAACGGCGCUAUUCACACGAGCUACCUGGCGAUGCACUAUUUCCGACGAUCUCCACCGGAGAGUAGGGGUGGAAGACAUCUUAUUCUUACGUCGAGUAUUGGGGGAUUCUAUCCUUGUGUUCCUACCCCGAUCUAUUCGGCGACGAAACAUGGGCUGGUGGGAUUUACGCGCUCCAUUGGGAAGAAGCUUGCGGAGGAAGGUGUUAAAGUGAACGCUAUCUGUCCAGGUGUAGUCGAAACAUCUUUGUUGACGCCUGAACUGAAAGCUAUUUUUGGGAAAAGCCUUGUUCCAAUUUCAAAUGUCACUGACGUGGUAAUGGGAAUCCUGUCUGGCAAUGAGGUGGUUGAUUCGAAGGGUGUGAUUGUUUCCGGCGAAGACUUGCAUUCGCGGACCAUUUUGAUUUCUGGAAAGAAUCAUUACUUUGUUGAAAUGCCGGGGAUUUAUGAUGAGGAGUCUCGGAUUACUCUGGAGGCGAUGAUGGGUUGA